GUGUAUUCACGCUCCUUUACCACGCUCUCUUCUUCUCCCCAAAAAUUUUAGUCUCUCCUCUACACUCUUGCACGCCAUUUUUGUUGCUCUCAACGCUGGAGCACGCUCAACACGAAUCAGCAUUCUUGAGCUCGCUGUUCAUCUCAACUAGCGUCUCCAAUAGCAGCAGCGUUAUUCUCUGCAACAUGCAACAGCAUCUCUCAGCUCUCUAUCCAUUCUUCUUCGUUUCUACUAAUGCGUGAUGCUUCUUCAAGAUUAAUGUGAAGGAAGGAACAGAAGACUUCAAGGCUUAGCUGCUGCUAUCCUAAAGUUGUGGGAGAAGAGUCUUAUUGCAAAAAUUGCUAUCAAGUUUGGAGUUUCAAAUACUGACAAUGAAUUGAUGGCCAAUGAACUAAAGUGAUUAUUUGAAAAUGGAAAAAGAUCCAGAUAUUAAGAUGCCGCGAAGAAGUACAACUACAAAGAAAUCUGAAGUAGGAACUAGAAGGAAAAUGCCGAAAACUCUUGAAGAACUAGAAUCUCGGAAAGUAAUAGAAUGUCGUUGUUCUCCUGUUUCGGUUUUCACAACGAUAAAUUCUCUUACAAAAGAGAAAAAAAUUGAAGUUGAUAAAAUGGAAUUCUCAUCCAUGAAGGCUAUUCAAGAUUGGAAAAUUGAUAGGCGGUUAUUCCUCGCACUUGCUAAAGCAUAUAACACAAUAACAAGCAAACUGGAAUUAGUGGUGGGGGAUAUCGAUGUGACAACAGACAAAAUUGGGUUAGCUCUAGGAUUACCUUCAAUUGGUAAAAGUUUUUCAGAAGAAGAAGAUUGGACUUCAGAGCAAAAAAGAUUAGUUGCCCCAUUCAAGUCUGUGACAAACCCAUGGUUACAAGAAGUAUUACAUUCAAGAGAAUGUAAUGUUUCAACAUCCAAAGGGAGAGAUUAUUUUAGGAGAGCAUUUACAAUGUUCAUUAUUAGCUCAUUUUUGGCACCAACAAGUAGCGCUGUCACAUCCCCAAAGCACUUACGUGCCAUUGUUGAUGUAGAGAAUAUAACAAGAUACAAUUGGGCAAGAUUUGUGCAUGAUGAGCUUAUGAAAGGGGUUCAAAAAUUCAAGGAAAAAAAUACAUUAAAUAUUGAUGGUUGUCUUUAUGUUUUGAUGAUUAUCUAUUACCACAAAGACACAUUUGGAGAUAAGGAAAAUUAUAUGGGGCCUCCACCACCAUGGAUUGCUUAUUGGGAUAAAGAAAAACUUGCAAAGAAGUUGACACAGGAAUCAUCAAAGCAAAGGCGAACGAUUUGUUUUAUUUAUUUUAUCAUGUUAAUUCGCUUCUUUUUUUUAAAAAAUUGAUGAUUGCUUAUAAUAUCCCAGAAUUCUUUCUAUUAAUGAACCCCUUAAUGCACAUUUCUAAGUUGAAUUCUUUUCACUUCUAGUUAU